UAUAACUCGUGUCAGUGGGCGCAUGUCAGCGACCGCAUCGUGCGGCAGCCGGUCGCAUUCACCGCAGGCGUCGGUCGUUCGCGUCCCUGCGAGUCGUACGCGCCACUCUUUUUUAUUUCCACGCACGCUUGAAGCGGUUUCCCAACGGCGGCGGAGUACCUUCUGCUCAGAAUUCGCGCACGGCGAGCGGGCAGGUUCGCGCCGACCGGUGAGGAUGGACGUGAGUCACCGGUCGCUGCCGCCGUCGCGCCGCGAGAAGAAACGGCCGGCCGAGGGUCCGCUGGCAGCGCUGGCCGGUGGCGCGCCCGAAUGGCUGGACGUGAUACCGUGCGGUCAGCUAGGCGCAGUCAGGGACGUCCUCAAGGCAGCAGCCGCUGCCGCCGCCGCCGCGGAGGACAAGUCAGCCGUGCCGUCCUGCUACGAGUCUUGCGACUCGACGAGCCUCUCGAGCUUCGACAACGGCUCUGAGGGCGGCGCCGGCAGCGCCAAGGAGGCGCGCUCCAAGGACGCUUUCGCGGGCCGCUACUCGUUCAAGUCCAGGGCCAACGAUCACAACGACGGUGGCUGCCAGAUCACGCGCCUGUGCAUGAACCGGGACGGCUCGGUCCGCUCCACAGGCUUCGUGCCCAGGGUGGCCGACGCUGGCGACGACGAGCCGCCCGAAAUCCUCGUCACUGCAGACGUCAGCCGCUGCUCGGACGACGAGAACGGCAGCAGUUGCGCCAUCGGCCGCGGGUCCCCGUACGCGUCGUUGCCGAGGGACUUCCUGCGGGUGCCCCGGAGCCGCAAGGGUCGCCUGGUGCUCUCGGGCCCUAAGAAGGCCGGCCGCAAGAAGGGCUCCGAGGUGUUCGAGGUGCGCCGCGUGCCUUCGGACUCGGCCGACUCGGGCAUCUACACGAGCUUCGGCAAGGAGAUCCGAAGUUACGGUCUACCGCAGGACGACGCCGCGACUCCAGCCGGCCGCAACAUGCCGACCCCGGAACCUCAAGUGGCGGAGAGCUCGCUGGCCACGGUGACCGCUCCCGUGACGGUGGCGGCCGAAGCGCCGCCCGACGAGAGCACCACCGGUUCGGCCCAGGUGGAGAUGGAGAGGCGCCGACGGCAGCGGAACACGGAGCUGGCCACCAUCUUCAUCUUCAUUCCCGUGCUCAUCGCCUGGGUACUGAUCGUGCCAUUGGUGUUGUUUUCCUACUCGUUCGAGAACCCGUACAGCAAGCAGUUCGAAGUGGCGCUGUGGAUAUGCAUCCCGCUGUCCACGCUGGUGCUCAGCGCCACGUGCCUCGUGAGCAACGUCUACUGGUACUACGACCGCGAUGCCGGACGCUGGCGGUACCUCAUACACUGCGGAAAGGGACCCGCAGGUUUCUACUGGGGCGACGUGCUCACCGAACCUGGCAACGGGAAGCAGCAGCAGGUCGGCGGCGUGCAGGUCGUUUAGGGAAAAACACACACAUACCCAGUGGUCACGAUGGAAUGGCCGGGACGAGGCCACCUUUCCAUGGGCAGUGCCUUUGGCACGGGACAUAGUUGCAACUUCUGUUCCCUGCUCUUACAAGAAUCGCUGGAAACAAUAUCCACCCAGUGAUUCAGAUCAGGAAAUGACCGGGUAAUUGUAAUGACUCUGUUUCAGUGCUACUUCUUUUCACACUCGGUCAGUGGUGCGAGCGGCGCUUCGCCACGUCAUCACCGGCAUCGGCCGGCUGCGAAUGGUGGAUGUUAACAAAGCAACACAACUGUGCGAAAAUACCGGCCCAGGGCUCGUAUCCCCGAAACAUCAUUUCUAAAUGUCGUCAUGGCCAUCGCCACGACAGUCGCCGAGUUAUCAGGCCGAUCGUUGUUGCCAGAGCGGCUGUUGCCCGAACGCCUGGCAACAAGCAAGCGUUCUUACCUGAGUGAGGUUUCGUGGACGCAAGCCCACUCCCAUUCUGUGCACUUUUACCACUUAAGCUAAACGUAACAGGGUCAUGCCGGAGAGACGCGAGACUACGUGAGAAUGGACGUGUAUUCAUGCGUGAAAGCACGGCAGUUCUAUGCUCGUGCGUCAGCACAGCACGCUCGCAAAAUUCCAGAAGGUAGCGGAACUAGGCGCCUUUUCUUUUUUUUUUUUCAGUACCACUGUACUGACUUUGCUCUUCCCGCGCCUAUUCAUUACCACUCACAUAUUCGAGCUGGUGUCAAUGGGUUCGUGGCGGAGCUCUCGCCUCCGUUUGCCAACGAUCCUGUUUGGAGGCUUUGUCACAGUGUCGAGGUACGCUGUGCUCCUGCACACUAACAAAGAUUUGUUGAAAAGUGGUGAAACUUGUGGUACGAUCUGUAGUGCAAACAAAGCAAAAAAAAAAAAAAAAAAGUCCGCAUGGCGAAGCAAAAUCGUCAAAUUUACCUGUUGCGCUAGAGGGCGUAGUGUUAUUUUACAUCGAAUAGUCACUGCCGUGCAUUUCUGCUUUCUCACGUUACCAUCCUACUCGCAGUGUCGCAGUCAUCUCAGAAAUACCUCUCGCGCAUCUACGAUUGCAGUGAUGGUUCAUAUUCUACAUAACAAGAACAUGCCGCGCAGCAAUUCUACUUUUAUUUGAAGAACAUGGACACAAGAUAAAUAUUUGACGCAAAACAUCGUCCUGUCGUCACUUUCUUCGUCCGUGUCUUUUUGUGCUCUACAAGUUUCGAAAUGUGCCAGUAUUUAAGUAAAAAAAAAACAGAGUUGUCUGUAAACUGAAAAUGCUCAUAUCAUGCGUUUUUAAUAAGCAAAUAUUACUGCUGAAAAAGAAAGUUAUUUAGCUUUAGAAUGAAGUGGAAGCAAAGCCAUACACUGCUGUCUGUAUCGAAUGUUAGAGACCUACGAAAACGAUUUUUUUUUUACUCAGGGUGCCAUCUGAGAUCUUCGAUUUUCUUCAGUGCCCAGUAUAUGGUUGCACGGAGAAUUAUUGAAGCGUUUCACCUGAUGCAGUUCGCAUUUAUGUAUGUAUGACGCUGUACUUUACCAAUGUAUGCUCCACAGCAACGCUCUGCGACACAAGGCAAAGCUCGCGUUUAUUAGAGGUACGUAUACGUCGACUUCGUUAUGGGGGGCAUCUGUAUUGUUUUGAGCUUCAUAUUUUGACGUUGUUUGUUGCAUGUAAUCUUUCAUCUUUUUUGUAGUGUUACCCUGUCAUCGUUUCACCUUGUACACACCGCGUUUUCACCACACGCACAGCGCACGCAUGAUGGACUGCGCAUUCGCGAGCUGGCCCUUGACUAUGUGCUACAAAAAGGAAAAAAAAAAGUCUGCGCGUGAAAUCUCGUGUACUGCUUUUCAGCCUCCGUCUGAGGCGAGCGGUUGAACAUUAAGGAGUAGCAUCAUGCGCAGUCUGGCAGCUGGUGUUAUGUGUGAUCAUUUUUGGCAACUUGACGAGUGAUCAAUGUUCUCUGUGUCCGAAUGUCCUUUAGUUUCACGUGCUGUAUAUUAUUUGGCCGAGAAAAAGCCUCGGCGAACCCUUGUAUCCUUGUAGAAAUAUGCACCAUGUAUACGAAGGCCAUGUCACUGUACAAGUAUUGCGCGACCUCCCUGUACGGUAAUACGUAAUGGGCGUUUUAGUCAGGGGCCGAACCUUUGCGAACGUGUCGACAGGGACGAAAAGUAGAGGUAAUCUUUUUCGUGCCACACCAGGUUGUUAUGUACUCAUUAAAUAGCAGAUGGGGCCCUUCUAUCGCCUGCUCAUAACUCGUGUGUUGACCAUGUAUGUACAACUCCAUCAUUUAAAAAAAAUCAUUUUGCCUGGUACCUACGAGUAGUUCGAAAGCCACUAGUACAUCAAAGCCAUCGGGUGAUGUAUGUGUACUGUUUGUACCUGUGUGUAUUCAGCCAAUAGCCGUGUUUCCUCCGCCAUGUUUCUUUUUCCUCGUGAAACAAAUAAACUUCAUGAAACAACAUUUGUGCGAUACGUAUUG